ACAGUACUCUGCCUCCCUGCGGCCUGUAAACACAUUGUAUGUAUGGUCUGUGUUAUAUUUUAGAUUUCCACUUCCACUGGUUAAUGCUCUCUCCUGUGUGCAGGACUCAGAGGCUGGAGCAGGUUCAGAAGGUCCUGCUGGACGAGAUCAACAAACUGGAGAAGAAUGACACUGUGCUUAAAAGCAUGGAGAAAGACCUGACUGUGUAUUGGAAAAAGCAGGCUGUUGCUUUCCAUUCUUACCAGGAGCGGGAAACCACGAGCAAUGAGACCCUGAAGACGGCCCUCCAGAGUAACGUGUGCCACAGCUUGGAGUAUGAGGAGAGAAUAUUCACAUCCCAGAUGUGCCUGAUAAGGAAAGACAUGAAGUCAGUUCAGGACAGACUCCUCAGCGAGAUGCAAGACGGGGAGAUCAAGAGUGUGAAGAGAGGCCUGCAUGCUUUGUUUUUCCCCUGAUAGAGCCAUAUGUUGAGCUGAAGACCAUCCUGCACUGUAAACAAGGUUGUGUAUUACACCGCCUCAUGCACACUGCGCGCUGUGUAAUUUAAAAGUGUUGAUUGUUCCAGGUUCUGAUUUUAUUCCAUGUGGAUGUCUCUAAUUUAUUCUGACCUUGAUGCAUUGUUGCUCAAUGUUUGUUUUUAUUGGUAAUGUUAUUUUAUUCUAAUAUGUAUCACCUGACGAAAUGUUUUAAUCAUUUUAGUGUUCUUGAAAGUAAACAUUGAGUUGUUUCUACUCUGUGAUGUUUUUAAAACAAAUUCCUGAUAUAUUUAUG